AGGUUAAUCUGAGAGAGAGAUUUGCUAGUGUGAAAAUAGAAAUACUAUACUCCCUCCUCCUCCUUCCUUCCUUGGUUACUAUACAGAAGAGAAAAGAAAGAGAGAGAGAGAGGCGGGAGGGAUUGCUUCUUCUUCUCUAUCUAUCUUAUCUAUUUUCAUCAUCACUUCAGUCCAGAGUUCGUUUCCCUUUUCUAUUUACUACUACUACUUACUCUAUAAAUGGAAAUUUGGAUACUCAGAUCCACGAAUUUCAAUCUGUUUAUUUUUUUCCUUUCUGUAAUCAUCACUUUUUGAUUCCAAGAUGUUAUAUAACCCAUUCAAACUCAUUUUCUUACAAUAACAUCUUUCGUUUUUUCUUAUUUAAAAUAAAUUCAAAUUUCUAAUUUUUUUUUUUUUUUUCUCUCUUUCCUCUUUCAGAUCUAAUCUGAAACACACCAAGAGACGUGAGAUUUUUUUUUUUCCUCUGUAUUUUAAGCUCAUUUUCUGCAGAUCUUGAGAUCCAAUCUCUUUCACGGAGCUUCAAGUCUGUCUAUCAGGUUCGGUUACGAGAUCUACUUGUAUCAUUAAUUUUUUUUCCCUCUCUCUCUCGAGAUUUAAAGUCUUCUCCAGCAAGUAUAGCUUGUCAAUCGUAGUUGAUCAUCGUUGACUUGUGGGAGUUUCGAGGGUUGGGUUAUAUAUGUAAGCAGUUUUUGGAUUUGUUUGGUGUGGACUUGUUGAGUAGAGACUAGUAGUAGUUACUCCAUCUUCUUUCAUCUCUAAAAGCUGAGAUUUUUAGGUUCGAUUGUCCUCUCUCUGGUAUUGCAUGUGUAUGCACUAUUCAUUCUUAUUUGUUUCUGAAGAAGGAUGAAUUACUUUCCUGAGGAGGUUUUAGAGCAUGUAUUCGAUUUCUUAACGUCUCACCGAGACCGGAAUGCGGUGUCUUUAGUAUGCAGAUCCUGGUAUAUGGUGGAGAGGUUUAGCAGGGAAAAGGUAUUCAUAGGGAAUUGUUACGCAAUCAGUCCGGAGAGGUUCAUUGCCAGGUUUCCUAGGGUUAGGUCCCUUACGCUCAAAGGAAAGCCCCAUUUUGCUGAUUUCAAUUUGGUACCUCAUGAUUGGGGUGGGUUUGUUUGCCCUUGGAUUGAGGCCAUGGCAAAGAGGGGUAUCAAUUUGGAGGAGCUUAGGUUGAAGAGGAUGGUGGUCUCCGAUGAAAGCCUUGAGCUGCUUUCUCGAUCCUUCCUAAAUUUCAAGUCUCUGGUUUUGGUUAGCUGUGAAGGCUUCACCACCCAGGGCCUUGCUGCCAUAGCCUCCAACUGCAGGUUUCUUAGGGAGCUAGAUUUGCAAGAAAAUGAAGUUGACGACCAUAGAGGCCAGUGGCUCAGCUGCUUUCCUGAUAAUUGUACAUCUCUCGUCUCCUUGAAUUUUGCAUGCCUCAAAGGAGAAGUCAAUUUGACAGCCCUUGAGAGGCUAGUGACAAGAUGUCGUAACCUUAAAAGUCUAAGGUUAAACCAUGCAGUGCCACUUGACACUCUUCAAAAGAUUCUGGUGCAAGCACCUCAAUUGGUAGACUUGGGUACAGGGUCUUAUGUCCAUGAUCCAGAUUCAGAGACAUACCAAAAAUUGAAGAAUGCCAUCCAGAAGUGUACUUCAAUUAGGAGCUUAUCUGGAUUUCUGGAUGUGGCUCCUCGCUGCUUGCCUGCUAUUUAUUCGAUUUGCUUGAAUCUGACUUCAAUGAACUUGAGCUAUGCUCCAGGGAUUCAUGGAACCGAGCUUAUAAAGCUAAUUCGUCACUGCAGGAAACUUCAGCGCUUAUGGAUAUUGGAUUGUAUCGGGGAUAAAGGUCUCCAUGUUGUGGCUUCAGCUUGUAAAGAACUGCAGGAAUUGAGGGUUUUUCCGUCUGAUCUACAUGGGGUUGGGCAUGCUGCUGUAACCGAAGAUGGCUUGGUUGCUAUAUCUGCUGGUUGCCCCAAGCUUCAUUCGUUGCUGUACUUCUGCCAGCAGAUGACUAAUGCUGCCCUCAUAGCUGUAGCCAAGAAUUGUCCCAAUUUUACCCGCUUCAGAUUAUGCAUCCUUGACCCCAUUAAACCAGACCCUGUGACAAUGCAGCCACUUGAUGAAGGUUUUGGGGCAAUUGUUCAGUCAUGCAAGGGUCUGAGGCGGUUGUCACUCUCUGGUCUUUUAACUGACCAGGUUUUCCUUUACAUCGGAAUGUAUGCUGAACAACUUGAAAUGCUUUCAAUUGCAUUUGCUGGUAAUAGCGACAAGGGAAUGCUUUACGUGUUGAAUGGGUGCAAGAAGCUUAAAAAGCUAGAGAUCAGGGACAGCCCAUUUGGUAAUGUAGCACUUCUAACGGACGUGGGAAAGUAUGAGACAAUGCGAUCCCUUUGGAUGUCGUCCUGUGAAGUUACCCUUGGAGGCUGCAAGACGCUGGCAAAGAAGAUGCCCAGGCUCAAUGUGGAGAUAAUAAACGAAAUUGAGCAGACAGUGGCUAGCGCUGAUGAGAGAGAGAAGGUAGAGAAGAUGUUCCUAUAUCGAACGUUGGUUGGGCCCAGAAGAGAUGCACCGGAUUUUGUGUGGACGUUGUAGAAGCAUCCUGGCUGCGCUACGGUACGUGUGUUGUGACUCUACCAGCUAUUUCUUGUUAUCAAGUAGUUCCAGAUGAAUCAAUGUAUGGAUUAAUAUUUUUAGUUUGAUGAGGAAUCAGGGUUAUAUUAUUAUUGAUUUAUCUAUGAGGUAUUUUCUACUCUGUAAUCCUUUCUAGUAUUAAUAUCGAGGUUUGUAUUAACAAUAUUAGCAUUGGCAAACCCUAUGCAUAAAGUUGUAGAUUUGGAAUUUGUUGAUUGGUU